CAGUCUGUGUGUGGUACAGCGCGCGGCGGAGGAACUGGGUACCCAACGGCAGGCUGGCGGUGAAUUUCACAGCGCUCGAUAUUUUAACACAAAAAUAACUGCUCCAGCCGACAGUCCAUUCUACCCGGAGUUACUGGAGAACUGGCGCACCGCUGCAGGAUCUAACUGCCUGGUUUUUGAAGUUGUCUGCGGUCGAGGACACGUCCUAACCGAGGGGUUUCCAGCGUCCGAACGGACGGACGGAGCGACGCUCUCCGCCUCUGAAUCGCGGGCUUUAAAGGACCCUGAAGGGUGGGCGAACAAAAAGAAAAAAAAAAAAACAAGAAACGAGGAAAGACUAUUUUUCUACUUUUCAGUGACGGAGGGAGGUCGAUAACAUUCCGUUGUGUGUGGAUUUUAUUUCUUACCUGUGCAGAGGAGGGAGGAAUCAUUCGAGACAAAGGUACAAAGCAAGGCCGGGAAGGUGACACAUCCACAGACUGGAGUCUGAAAGUGCGCCUCUUAGCUGAGAAAGGCUUUGUCCACCGCCAUCCUGCAUAUACAGGGGAGGGGGUGGCGGUGAUUUUUCUAUUUUACUGCACCUUCUCUGAGACUUACGGCAAAAAAAGAGAAUAAAAAACAUCGAUUUGUGUAAAAAAAACUCGACAUGUAUCCACAAGGCCGGCAUCCGGCACCUCACCAACCAGGGCAGCCUGGCUUCAAGUUCACCGUAGCAGAGUCCUGCGAUAGGAUCAAAGACGAAUUUCAAUUCCUGCAGGCGCAGUACCACAGUCUUAAAGUUGAGUACGACAAACUGGCCAAUGAAAAGACAGAAAUGCAGCGCCACUAUGUCAUGUACUAUGAGAUGUCCUAUGGACUCAACAUUGAGAUGCACAAACAGACGGAAAUUGCCAAACGUCUCAAUGCAAUUCUGGCUCAGAUCAUGCCGUUCUUGUCACAAGAGCAUCAACAGCAGGUGGCUCAAGCUGUUGAAAGAGCUAAGCAGGUGACAAUGACUGAGCUGAAUGCUAUCAUCGGGGUACGUGGACUUCCCAAUCUGCCUCUGACUCAGCAGCAGCUUCAGGCUCAGCACCUCUCUCACGCUGCCCAUGGCCCCCCAGUUCAGCUGCCCCCUCACCCCUCAGGCCUGCAGCCGCCCGGCCUCCCCCCAGUGACAGGUGCUGGAUCCGGUUUACUGGCUCUGGGCGCUCUUGGCAGCCAGGCCCACCUGCCUGUGAAGGAUGAGAAGAACCACCACGACCUGGAGCACCGAGGCCCCUCAUCUUUUCACUCGCCACUGGCCAUUCCUCUGAAAGAACGCGAGUCCAGCACGAAUAACUCGGUGUCGCCUUCAGACAGCCUGCGGGUAGCGAGUGAGAAGCACCGCAGCUCUUCAGACUACAGCGUGGACUCAAAGAAACGAAAAGUGGAUGACAAAGACAGCAACAGAGGAUAUGACAGUGACGGAGAGAAAAGUGACGACUUGGUGGUGGACGUGUCCAAUGAGGAUCCAGCCACCCCUCGAGUGAGCCCCGCCCACUCUCCUCCAGAAAACGGCCUGGAUAAGCCACGAGGACUGAAGAAAGACGCUGCCCCCAACAGCCCUGCCUCUGUGGCCUCUUCGGGCAGCACGCCGUCAUCUAAGGCGAAGGACCACACCCAUAACGACAAGUCGUCAACGCCGAGCCUGAAGUCCAACACACCUACACCGAGGAACGAGGCCCCCACACCAGGAACCAGCACCACACCGGGACUGAGGCCUUUAUCUAUGGGAAAACCUCCUGGCAUGGAAGCAUUAGCUGCCCCGGCUCUCCGUACCCCCCUGUCUAUUGCUGGUUCUUAUGCCUCUCCGUUUGCCAUGAUGGGUCAUCAUGAAAUGAACGGAUCCCUGACCAGCCCCGGCGUGUAUCCGGGUCUCAUUUCACCACAGAUGAGUGCUGCUGCCGCCGCCGCUGCCUAUGGACGCUCGCCAAUUGCGGGGUUUGACCCCCAUCCUCACAUGCGAGCUCCAGGCCUGCCAGCGAGCCUUACUUCCAUUUCAGGAGGAAAACCGGCGUACUCUUUUCAUGUAAGUGCAGAUGGACAGAUGCAACCUGUGCCCUUCCCUCCAGACGCACUGAUAGGACCCGGCAUCCCACGCCACGCUCGUCAAAUCAACACGCUGAGCCACGGGGAAGUUGUAUGUGCCGUCACUAUCAGCAACCCCACACGCCACGUCUACACCGGUGGAAAGGGGUGUGUGAAGAUCUGGGACAUCAGUCAACCAGGCAGCAAGAGCCCCGUGUCCCAACUUGACUGCCUGAACAGAGAUAAUUACAUCCGCUCCUGCAAGCUGUUGCCCGAUGGCCGCACCUUAAUCGUUGGUGGCGAGGCCAGCACGUUGACCAUCUGGGACCUGGCCUCACAGACACCCCGCAUAAAAGCUGAGCUCACUUCCUCUGCUCCGGCCUGUUACGCUCUGGCCAUCAGCCCUGAUGCCAAGGUCUGCUUCUCCUGCUGCUCUGAUGGAAACAUCGCCGUGUGGGACCUCCAUAACCAGACUCUUGUCAGGCAGUUCCAGGGCCACACCGACGGAGCCAGCUGUAUCGAUAUUUCUCAUGACGGGACCAAGCUGUGGACCGGAGGGCUCGACAACACAGUCCGCUCCUGGGAUUUGAGGGAGGGCCGGCAGCUUCAGCAACAUGACUUUACCUCACAGAUCUUCUCUCUGGGCUACUGUCCCACUGGGGAGUGGCUGGCUGUGGGAAUGGAGAGCAGUAAUGUGGAAGUACUUCACCACACCAAGCCAGACAAGUACCAGCUGCAUCUACACGAAAGCUGUGUCCUUUCACUAAAGUUUGCCUACUGUGGGAAAUGGUUUGUGAGCACAGGGAAGGACAACCUGCUGAAUGCAUGGAGGACUCCUUAUGGUGCCAGCAUAUUCCAGUCAAAGGAGUCGUCCUCCGUCCUGAGCUGUGACAUUUCUGCUGAUGACAAAUACAUCGUGACAGGAUCCGGGGACAAGAAGGCCACAGUCUACGAGGUCAUCUACUGAAGAGAUGAAGUUCCCAUUCUGCUUCAGCACUUCUACUGAGAUUAUUUUCCUGGUUUAUAACACGGGCUACGACAGACUGAAGCAAGCUACAUUUGUCCCAAACGGUUUUGGAAACCAGCUGCGCUGUUUGGCCUGUGGAUAUCUAUACUGGAAGAUUGUUUUUUUUUUUUUUUUUUUUUAAAUCCCAUGUUUUUAGGGUUGUGCAUUUUUGCAAGAUCUGAAGUUUGUCUCCAAGGAUUUUUCAGAUUUGACCAAGGUGGAGCAGAGCUUCAUUUCCGACAAACUGAUUCCUCAAACAUGUACAUUGUGUAAAUAUUGGAUUAAAUAAAAGACAUUUUAUAUAUUAUAAAAGUAUAUAUAUUUUCAUGUACUGGGUGAACUUGUGACCAUUAUUUUGGUCGCUCUCAUCUGUAUGAGCAAGCAGAACACAGACUGGAGCUUUUUAAUUAUUGCACCCUGACCGUUUCCUAAAAGCACACUGUAGGUGGAUCUUUCCAGAAAUCAAAACAGAAGAGCUUAAAUCUCACAAUGCUGAACAUUACGUGGAGAUUUAAAAAGAAAAGGCCUUACAUCACAUUGCUCUUAAUGGACAAACUACGAUCGGAUUUCCGAUUUGGGUGGAACCUCUACAGUACUGAGUGGAACGCUGAUUCAGGAAAAAGAGCCGGAUGUAAAUUUAGUUUCUGUGUAAAAAGUGUACACGUGUCCCAAUGUUCUGGUCUGUGUGUGCUUUCCCUGUUUGUGUUCGCCUGUGGCAGAUGGAGGAUGUUAAAGCUCAGUCUAACCCUUGGACCUCAGUUGGCAGCAGAAGCAUUGCAACAGGCACAAACUGAAUGACUCUGCGCUUUUUCUGACUCAAUGUUAUCCCCAUUCUUUAGCUGCUCCACUGAUUUCUAUUGAAACUAAAACCCAGCAGUCCAGCCUGCUGCUGAAAUCCCUGUGCCCUUUGUAUCUUACCAAUAUUCCUGUUUGUUGGGCUGUGAUGGAGAGGAAGGCAGAUCGUACAUGUUGGUCUGUCUUCACAGAAAUGUUCAGUGCCUGUAAAUGCUUUGGAGGAUGAAGGGAAGCACACAUGAAAACAGAUACUGUAGUUGUCAAAUGAAGCUGAGGGUAAAUUCUUCUGGUUCGUUUUACUGUGCUUCUCAUCCUGCCAGCAUUUACAACUAAAGGGGCAAACCGCACCUCUGAUUCACACCAAAGUAUGUAGCAAUUGCUGUCAGCACUGAAAACAAAUGUACAGUUGUUAAUGAAUCAA